UGCGGACUGUUCCUUUAACGCAGUGGCUGUUGGGACAGUAGUGAAACAUGGCGAGCAUCAGUACAAGACGAGAUGAGACACGCAGAACCAGCGAUAAAACUGAUUCCAAAGUAGAUCUAUUACACCCCGAGCUCCUAUCCCGAGACUUUAUACAACUAGUUCUACACGAGAGAAAUAUAAGCACUGGAGAAGAUGAGACCCGUGACCGACUUACGGAACUCUACCUACGGCACAUCAUCCCUCUCCCUCAAAGAGCGCUGCCUAACAGCCGCUGGGGUCGGAAAAUGGAACGGAUGCGCCCACGACAGUCCCCGGCCGGUGGACGUUCAUACAGCAGUGACACGAGCGGAAAGCGGCCUUUUGUCGUGUUUGACGGCAGGUCGUCACAUGCCGGGCCGUUGAGGGUGAAGAAACCAGAGGAAGCUCCAGGGUUUGGGGUAGGAACUGACCGGCUGAAGCCUCCGCCAUCUGUCAACCUCUCCAACCCUGUACGCAGGCUGACCAUCUCGUCUUCCUCCUCCUCCCCCUCCUCCUCCUCGUCCACCACAGUCAAGGUUCAUGCGGGUCCAACAGGGAAUGGUAGACUCGUCUCCCCAUCAUCAGUCUCUCUCAAACGAGAGGCGGACAGCUCGGGUGUAUCAAAGUCUCCAGAGGUGAAGAAGAAGAUCCAGCAUGUGACAUGGCCGUGACCCCUUACUCCUCGACCCCUGACCCCUGGACCUCGACCCCUGGACCGUGACCCCUGGACCAUGACUGUUGCCCCAUGUGGAAGGUUAAGCACCACCUGGAAAUGUCAUUAAUAGCAGGUCGCCACCCUAAACACACUGCAGGGCUCUGAACCCACCCUUCUGCUGUGAUGCUCAGUGAUGUCACACUGCUCAGUGAUGUCACACAGCAGCAACCACCCUCCUGCUGCGAUGCUCAGUGAUGUCACACAGCAGCAACCACCCUCCUGCUGCGAUGCUCAGUGAUGUCACACAGCAGCAACCACCCUCCUGCUGCGAUGCUCAGUGAUGUCACACAGCAGCAACCACCCUCCUGCUGCGAUGCUCAGUGAUGUCACACAGCAGCAACCACCCUCCUGCUGCGAUGCUCAGUGAUGUCACACAGCAGACGUAGCUCUAAACUUGGGGAGCAGUAGGAAGUCUGGUCCACCUGCCUGACUGCUGGUGGCCCCGCCCUGCCUCCCUCUGGCCUGGGGCCCAGCCUGGCCUGGUUCUGUGUGGAUGAGGAGGAAGACUGGAUGGUACCUGCCAGGUGGUCCUGGUAAAGGCUGUUCAGCCUUCUCCUCCCACCUGUCGUGGCCUUGCAGACAGGUAGCCAGCUCCUCCACACCCUCAGAUAGGACUGGACUCUCAACAUCUGUUUUUUUUUCUUCCACUUUCUAUUUAUUAACUGCGUGAUGAUAUAGCAUGUAAUCGGUAAUGGAGGAUGUGUUUGUGUGAUUUAUAUAAUGAGCUUCCUGCGAGUGUUGUGUGCUAUGGAAUUCAGGGCUCUGAUUAGUAAGUUACAGUGUUUUUUUAGUGUGUUUUUUACUGUAGCUUCAUGGUAAGGAAAUGCAAUUUUAAUUCAGCAAGGUGAUAUAUGUCUUUGACCAUUAGGUGGAGCCAUAGAUGAUGAGUUGGCUCUAUCAUGUCUUUGCUGUCAGUUAUUAAAUGCCAUACAGAUUGUUUACACAUAAUUUGGUUAUUUUUAAAGUACUUUAUUUGAA